AUGUCCGAUCUCGAAUCGCUUCCCGACUCGCCAUCUGCGGCCAUCGAUCGUGAUGACCACGCCGAUAAUGAAGAACCCCGCGAGGGCGCGGGUGGUGCUACUGCUGAAGAACUGUCUGAUCAGGAAUCGGAUCAGCUCUCUGAAAUUGAUGAGGACCAGUUUGAGGACUACGACCCGGCGACAGCCAACAUUGAGGAUCGCCCCAUAACCGUCGACGAAGAUGUUGCCAAGACGCUCAAGGCGGGAAAGCGAAAGGUGGCCGAUGGAGAUAAGCCAAGGAAACCGAAGGAGGGACGACGAGACAAGAAGAGGUCGCGCGAUGAUGAGGUGUCUGGCGAGGCUGAUGGCGACGUGGGAAGGCCUUCUCGGAAGUCGAGACGCGCCGCUGCCGAUGGUGAGAGGAAGCCGCGACCGAAAGCAGCAUCGCCUGAGAUCGAGGACGAGUCUCAUCUGUCUCCUGAGGAGCGUAGGCGCCGGGCGAUUGAUAGGGCGCUGGAUGCCGCAAUGAAGGGACCAACCAAGCGGAAGAAGAAGAAGGACGAAAUUGAUUUGGAAGACGAAAUUGACGAGCAGAUCGCCGACCUGAAGGUCGCCAUGGAGAGGGCUUGCGAGGCUGAUAAUUCUGCGCGCGAAGCAGGUCAACCUGCUGUUCACAAACUCAAGCUUCUCCCCCAGGUCAAGGACCUGCUGAACCGCAACAACGUCCAACACGCUAUUCUAGACCCUGACACCAACUUCCUCCAACAUGUCAAGUUCUUUCUGGAGCCUCUUAAUGACGGCAGUCUGCCUGCGUACAACAUUCAGAGGGAGAUUUUCCAGGCCCUUAUCCGGCUACCUAUCGAGAAGGAGGCUCUACUUAGCAGCGGUAUUGGUAAGGUUGUCUACUUCUACACUCGCUCUAAGAAGCCCGAGCCUGGUAUCAAACGCAUGGCCGAGCGUCUCUUGGGUGACUGGAGUCGACCCAUUCUCAAACGAACGGAUGAUUACAAGAAGCGGCACAUUGAAACACGCGAGUUCGAUUAUGAGUACUAUUCCCCGCCCAGCUUUUGGUUGGUUUCGUGUCACUAA